UUAUGUGCCCUCGCAGUCACGUGAUACUGCUCAAUACGGAAGUAUACAAGUCACUGUGCGGUGGCUAAUGAAAACCUUUAUCUACACAACAAUUCUUCAUAACUCGGAUCCGUUAUAUGGUCAGGAUGACACAGAAGCAUUACCUGGAGGGCCAGGUGUACACAGUGCCCCUGAUCCAGCCUGACCUAAGAAGAGAAGAAGCCGUGCAGCAGAUCACUGAUGCCCUCAUGUAUCUGGAGAAAAUCUCCACAGACAUCUUUACCAGGGUAUCUCAGAGUGUUGAAAAGAAUCGUGCUCAGCUGCAGACAGUCACAGACCGCAUUAGACUGGCCCAGGCAAGAGUACAGAAGAUCAAAGGCAGCAAGAAAGCCACCAAGGUAUUCUCCAGUGCCAAGUACCCUGCUCCAGAGCGUCUCCAGGACUACACCUCCAUCUUCUCUGGGGCAACAGACCCCUCUCAGAGACGACAGCGCUACCGCGUGCAGGCCAAGCUCCGGCCCUUUGAUGAGAAGACACUACAGGAGAAGCUGCUGUAUUUCCCUGUGUGUGUGAGCACUAAGAAGCGACCAGAGGAUGAGACGGAAGAGGGGCUGGGAAGCCUCCCCAGAAACAUCAGCUCAGUCAGCUCACUACUGCUCUUCAACACUACAGAGAACCUGUAUAAGAAAUACGUGUUCCUGGAUCCAUUGUCGGGGGCGGUGACUAAGACCCACACCAGCCUAGAGACGGAGAAGGAGGAGAAACCCUUUGAUGCUCCGCUGUCCAUCACCAAGAGAGAGCAGCUGGAGAGACAGGCUCCAGAGAGUUAUUUCUACGUGCCUGACCUGGGGCAGGUUCCAGAGAUCGACGUGCCCUCCUACCUGCCAGACUUACCUGGCAUCGCCGAUGACCUCACCUACAGCGCCGACCUUGGGCCUGGCUUCGCCCCGUCAGUGCCAGCCAGUGCCAACAUACCCGAGCUGCCUGUCUUCACCGAACCUGAGGAGCACAAUGGACCAGGUGCCACUUUCAGAGAGGCAGCCCCACCCCCUCCUCCACCCCCACCCCCACCUCCCCCUCCAGACUCCUCCCUCCUGGCGGCUCUACCUGCUGCUGUUCAGCCUCCCGCUCCACCUCCUCCCCCGCCUCCUCCACCCGCGCUAGGAAGCCCAGACUCCGCACACACAGAGCCACCAGGCGCAGUGAAGGGGGCGUCCACGGAGCUGGUGCAGCCAUCGGACGGCCGAGCGAGUCUGCUGGAGUCCAUCCGCAACGCCGGCGGCAUCGGCAAGGCCAAACUGCGCAACGUCAAAGAGAGGAAGCUGGAGAAGAAGAAACAGAAGGAGCAGGAGCAAGUGGUGGUUGCCGCAAGUGGAGGAGACUUCAUGUCUGACCUGUUCAAUAAGCUGGCCAUGCGCAGGAAAGGUAUCUCGGGUAAAGGGCCAGGGGCCGGAGACACCUCUGACGCACCCUCGGGAGCCGGCAGCGCUUUCGCCAGGAUGUCGGACGUGAUCCCGCCCCUUCCAGCACCCCAGCAGGCAGGGGGGGAGGAGGAGGAGGAGGAGGAGGACUGGGAGGCGUAGCCAUGGAGACCAUUGAGGAGUCAGAAUGGAACAAUGGAGAGAGAUUGGCGCCCCCUAGAGGGCACUAAAGACUGAUUGUACAAAAGUAGGACUUCUGACAGCUCUGUGUGUGUGUGUGAGUGAGUUAGACAGAGAGUGUGUGUGUGUGUGUGUGUGUGAGAGCGAGAAAGAGCGUGCCUGUGUGAGGCUUUUGUAAUCAUAAUGUGUAUAACAGUACUAACUUCAUCAGCUGAGCAGUGCCAAGAAUGUCUAAUAAAUUCCUUGUCAUUUCA